AUGAACAGCCAGCUGGCUGCCACUGCCACCUCACUGCAUAUCAACAGCACUGCGCAACCACAGAGUUAUUUUGGUCACCAACAAACAGUUUCUCAAAGAGAUCGCUUACUCUUCAGUAUCGCGAAACCACCGAGCCAAGCAGCAGCAGCAGCAGCAGCCAUGGCACACAAUAGCACCGAAACAUUACAACCUGGCAACCACGCUCCAUUUACCCGCGAUGCUGCAGCUGGAUUCGUACUCGGCGCUUUGGGUGGUAUAAUCGGCUUCUCCUUUUCGUACCUCGUCGUUUGUUUCGGCCUGAACGCCCUGCGAUCUCGUCGAUUGCGCCAGCGCGAGCAGCGAGAGCUGUUGGAACUCAUAGAGAUGAUGGGGCGAUCAGAUUCAGGAUAUGAGACAUCGGCAUAG